AUGACAGACGCAGUGUUGCUCAACGAACUAUGCAGUAUCUGCAAUAAAUCCAAGUACAAAUGUCCUGGGUGUGGCGCACGCACAUGCUCGCUGCCAUGCUACAAGCGUCAUCAACAGAACGCACAAUGCUCAGGGAAGCGCGACCCAACAAAGUUCAUCAAGAAGUCUGAUCUGGUGACCCCCAAGGGCGUUGAUCACGACUAUAAUUUUCUUUCUAGCAUAGAGCGGAACCUCGAAAAAGCUGAGAGGGUCGCUGGAACCACCGCUGAGAGCACUCCUCAAGAUGGUCUGUCCAACAGGGAGCGAAUGGGUGUUCAGUAUAGCAAGCUUGAGCAUGCUGCUGGCGUCAAGAUCAUGCGGGCGCCCAGAGGCAUGAGCAGACAAAAAGAGAAUAAGUCGCACAUGUCUGCUACAAAAAAGGCUACACGGAACAUAGUAUGGACAGUCGAAUGGUUUGACGAGACCAAGAGACGCGUGCUCACCGAGACAUCCUCUACACAGUCGAUCCAAGAUGCACAACCUUUCGUACAACAAGGCAGUGGUGCUAAAAGCAAGAAGAGAAAGCUGAACAACGAGGCUCCUGCCAGCAAAAGUUCUCAAUCAAACACUCCACACCUACCUCAAAAUGACGUUGCGCCUACUGCACCGGACCAAGACCAGCCAAUCGAGCAGCAUGAAGUCAAUUCUGAGCUUCAGGUCAACAAUGCGGGGCCAGAGGGAGUCACCCCCGGACGAGGAACCCCUGCUGCAGAAGAAAAACAACAACCCACCAAAAGACAAGCAGACAUGGCCGAGACGCGUCCUGGAGAUACUCGCACUGAUGGGCAGUCCAUGGGCAGCGGGCAACAUAGGGUUUUUCUGCUAAAGCCCCGCACAAGCACGAACCGCCACGUCCUCAUCCCUCUAGACCCUUCGCAAUCGCUGGGUGAAAGCCUGCACGGCCGUACUAUACUCGAGUUUCCGACUAUCCACGUAUUCCCUGCUGAGAUGGAGAAGCUGCCCGAAGACUACAUGUUGGAGGAAGAAUACGCGAAGCUAGAGGGAGAGCAACAGAGAGAGUUUGAUGAGAUGAUGCAGGAGCUCGAUCCGGAGAUCUUGAAACGGUUGAAAGAAGGUGAGGGGCACAUGCCAGGGGACAGUAGCGGGGGAGGAGGUGACGAGGAAGUUGAUAGUAAGAGGAUACUAGACGUGCUCAAGCAGGAUCUCGGCGGACGGUUGUAG